AGAGCUCGAGCUUCCCUUGAGCAGAUUCAUCACUCUCUCUUAUGUCUCACCCAACCUCCACUUCCAACCCCAGCAAACGCUCCUCCUCCUUCCCUCAUUCCGCCGCCACAUCUCCAAUUCUCCCCGCGAAGAAGAAGGCCAAGUCUCUCAAUACUCCCCACGUCCACUUCUCCGACUCCCCCACCCUCUCCCUAAUGAUUUAGGACGAUACCGACGCCCAAUUUGUCAAGGAAGAAGGCCACCCUUCUACGGCCCGCGAAGAAGCUCAAUAAAGUCUAAACCAAGAAGUAGUUGGAGACCAAAGUGAAGCUUAGAACCAAGCAGUAAACAGUGAGCCAGUAAACGUGCCUUCUUCAGAUCCCCUCAAAUUCCCAAAAUUGGAGCCCUAAUGAAUCAAGUAGGUGCUUAAUUUGAUACUUAAUCACUCCGAUUGUACAUAUUCAAUACAAUGGUCAAGCAUUCGGCGGUGGCGUCGUUCGUCCCACUCCAAAAGCGGUGGUCGUUGAUGAUAUUAUUAUGCAUUGCUCUCUCCACCGCCGUCGCGUUCUUUAUCGGGGCUUCAUUCAAUUCCUGCAACUCCGUAGAGUACCCUGACCGCCACAAUUUCAAUGAUCCGGUUCAGUCAAUCAUCUCCGGCGGCACCACUGCCGCGAAAGAAGAAAACCCACUCGAUUUUAUGAAAUCGAAGUUUGUGCUCAUGGUCUCGCAUGAGCUCUCGCUCUCAGGUGGACCUUUACUAUUAAUGGAGCUUGCCUUUCUGUUAAGAGCUGUUGGUACACGAGUUGUCUGGGUCACGAAUCAGAAGCCUGCUGAAUCAGAUGAUGUGGUAUUCAGUUUGGAGCAAAGAAUGACUGGCAGAGGAGUGGAGAUCAUGUCUGCAAAAGGGCAGGAAACCGUCGAUGCAGCUCUUAAAGCUGAUCUAGUCAUUUUAAAUACUGCUGUGGCUGGCAAGUGGCUGGAUGCUGUGCUACAAAAAAAUGUUGCUCGUGUACUCCCCAAGAUUUUGUGGUGGAUUCAUGAGAUGCGAGGGCAUUACUUCAAACUGGAGUAUGUUAAGCGCCUCCCUUUUGUUGCAGGUGCCAUGAUUGAUUCACAAACUACUGCUGACUACUGGAAGAACCGAACUCAUGAACGAUUAGGGAUUAAGAUGCCUGAGACCUAUGUUGUGCACCUGGGGAAUAGCAAAGAGUUGAUGGAAGUAGCCGAAGACAGUAUUGCUAGAAGGGUCCUUCGGGAGCAUAUUAGGGAAUCUCUUGGCAUACGAAAAGAUCAUCUUGUGUUUGCCAUUAUCAACAGUGUUUCCCGGGGGAAAGGUCAGGAUCUAUUUCUUAAAGGUUUCUAUGAAGCUCUGCAACUCAGCAAAGAGAGGAAGCUUAAACUGCCACCUAUGCAUGCAGUUGUAGUGGGUAGUGACAUGGGUGCCCAGACUAAAUUUGAAACAGAACUUUGCCAAGUUGUUGCUGACAAGAAAAUUCAGGAGAAUGUUCAUUUCGUGAACAAAACAUUAAACGUUGCUCCUUAUUUGGCUUCAAUUGACAUUCUUGUUCAAAACUCGCAGGCCCGUGGUGAGUGUUUUGGGAGGAUUACCAUUGAAGCCAUGGCCUUUAAGCUGCCUGUACUGGGUACUGCAGCUGGAGGUACAAUGGAGAUUGUAGUGAACGGCACGACAGGUUGGCUUCACCCAGCUGGCAAAGAGGGCGUAACACCCCUUGCAGAAAACGUCAUUCAGCUGGCCACAAAUGUAGAAAUGAGAAGAACAAUGGGGAUGAAGGGUUACGCUCGCGUCAAAGAAAUGUUUCUGGAACACCAUAUGUCACAUAGAAUAUCCUUGGUCUUGAAGGAUGUUUUACAGAAAGCAAAGAGAUCAAUUAAUUAA